CAUUCCAUGAAGCGAAGGUGUGAGGUAUCGGCUUGAAUAUAAAAUUAGCAUUCGAGAUUAGACUCACCAAAGAAAUGGCAGGAGUGAGAAUAAAUGACGUGAUUUGGUCGAGAAGACAACCGCGAAGCCAUGGCAGUUGUGCUGAAGCUUGUACGUCAGAGCGGCACUGUAGGAGCUGGAGGCCAGGGAAAAGAUCGUCGUCAUCUGCGUGUGUGAAGGCGCCAGCGCUGGUGUUGCUCGUAUGUUCGGCUGUUGCUUCCGCAGCAGCUUCAGGAAGCUCAACAAGUCCACACCAGCAACAACAGUUUAGAAAUUCGUUACUGAAUGAUGAACGGGGAGCAGGUAUAAAUAACAACAGACUGGACUCAACAUCACUAUCAUCAUUGUUACCAUCAAAUAGUGGUAAAUAUUCAUCAAAGUCUAGUUUAGAAACGAAAUAUGACGAACAAAGCGACGAAGAGCACAUGGGCUAUUUGUCGUUCGAUGAGUCGUCAAGUAAAGACAGCGAAGAGUUUGAAAUCAACGAUGAACUUCCCCUCGGCUGGAACUGGGCGAUGUGGUGGACAUACGAGGGCAUUUCAGGUCCCGAGUUCUGGGGUGUGAUCAACCCCGCAUGGGUUAUGUGCUCAGAGGGGCGCCGCCAGUCUCCCAUCAAUCUGGAUCCCCGCACACUCCUCUACGACCCUAACCUCACCCCUCUACUGGUCGAUAAAACUAUGGUUGCAGGUGAGCUCGUCAACACUGGCCAUUCCCUGGAAUGGCAAAUGCAGGAGGUGAGGGACGACCAGCAUCGGGACAGCAGUCGGGAUAAUUAUCGCGACAGAAAUAGAGGUCUUGACAUGACCGGUGAUGACGGUGGCCCCCCCACCAGGGACCGUCAUCUGCCAUUGCCAAUGAUGGGGGCGGUGAACGUGUCAGGAGGCCCUCUGUCUUACCAAUACUCAUUGUCCCGGGCUCGGCUACACUACGGGGAGCGAGACAUCCAGGGCUCCGAACACACCAUUGACAACCACGCCUUCCCUGCUGAGCUGCAGCUAUACGGCCACAACAGCCAACUGUAUCCUAACCUGACGGUGGCCGCGUCGCAUGUGUACGGAGUGCUUGCCGUCUCUGUGCUCAUACAGCUCGGUGACCGCACCUCCCCCGCCUUAGCCACAAUUUUGGAAGGCCUACACAAAGUUACGUUCGGAGGGUCGAGAGUGAGCGUGAAGCCGUUGCGGUUGUCCGACUUAUUGCCAAGCCACUCCCACUACCUCACCUACGAGGGCUCCCUCACCGAGCCAGGGUGCCACGAGACCGUCACCUGGGUGCUGCCUAACAAGCCUCUCUAUAUCUCAUUCAGUCAGAUGCGGUCUCUACGAGAGCUGCGACAGGGACCAUCUCUGCACCACCGCAACGCGCCGCUAGGCAAUAACUUCAGACCCCUACAGCCGUCCCAUCACAGAACUGUGCGCACCAACAUCGACUUCACCUCCACCAGCCCGCCAGAAACGCUGGCUGGGCGGAAAUGUUCGAUGGCUGAAUCCAGAUUUCAUUAUCGAGCGAACGACCUUCUACGAUCCUGACAAGAAACAACAGACGCGAGUAUUGCAGCGGAUGACAUGGAAGGCCGCAGCAACUUACUGCUGUAGCGACCUGAUCUAUUGAGUGUCCAGUAGUCUGCCGAGAGUCCGGUAGUGGUCUGAUCUAUUGAAUGUCCAAUAGUGGCCUGGUCUGCCGAGUGUCUGGUAGUGGUCUGAUCUAUUGAAUGUCCAACAGUGGCCUGGUCUGCCGAGUGUCCUGUAGUGGUCUGAUCUAUUGAAUGUCCAAUAGUGACCUGGUCUGCCGAGUGUCCGGUAGUGGUCUGAUCUAUUGAAUGUCCAACAGUGGCCUGGUCUGCCGAGUGUCCUGUAGUGGUCUCAUCUAUUGAAUGUCCAUUAG